AUGAGAAUGAUAAUUCAGUUCCUGCAGUCUUGGAAGUUCUCUGUGUUUGCAGUCAUGGUUCCACCAGGGAGCCCUGGCCCGAUCACUCGACAUGAGUCGUACGACAGCUUAGCGUCUGACCACAGUGGGCAAGAGGAUGAAGAGUGGCUGUCACAGGUGGAAAUAGUGACUCACACGGGGCCUCAUCGACGCCUGUGGAUGGGCCCACAGUUCCAGUUCAAAACAAUCCACCCCUCAGGCCAAACAACCGUCAUUUCAUCCAGUUCUUCAGUCCUGCAGUCGCAUGGUCCAAGUGAUACCCCGCAGCCUCUUCUGGACUUUGAUACGGAUGAUCUUGAUCUCAACAGUCUCAGGAUUCAGCCAGUUCGCUCAGAACCUGUUAGCAUGCCGGGGUCGUCACGUCCAGUUUCUGAUCGCAGAGGAGUUUCAACAGUGAUUGAUGCUACCUCAGGUGCCUUCGACCGGAGCGUGACCUUGUUGGAGGUGUGCGGGAGCUGGCCCGAGAACUUUGGUCUCCGUCACAUGUCUUCUAUGGAGCACACUGAAGAGGGCCUUCGGGAGCGCCUGGCCGAUGCGAUGUGUGAAUCUCCCAGCAGGGACAUAGUGGGAUCAGGAACAGAGCUUCAGCGAGAAGGAAGCAUAGAGACGCUGAGUAACAGCUCGGGUUCCACCAGCGGCAGCAUCCCACGCAACUUCGACGGCUACAGAUCGCCCCUCCCAACUAACGAGAACCAGCCCCUCAGCCUUUUCCCCACUGGAUUCCCUUAA